AGCAGAUUAAGCUCACAUUCUCCACAGAGCUUCAAAAUGGUCGUGUUAGCCCUCACCCAUGGCUGCACUGGAUGUAAUAGCCUCUACUAUCUCAAUCUGUUCUUUCCCUUCUUCCAAAUUUCUGUUACCGGUGAAAACUUCUCUUUCCUUUAAACCCCACUGUUGCUUUUCUGCCCCUUUUCUCUCUCUCAAUUCUCCUAUUUCUUCUCUUUCGCUUCUUUCGAACAAAAAUACCCAUUUCGAACUACACUCUGCUGUACAAGAAGAAAUCACUGUAGAAGAAAAACCAGAGGAAACCCAACAAGAACAAAGGAAAAAGCUUUACGUUGCUAACCUUUCUUGGAGUUUAUCUGUCGCCGAUAUUAAAAAUCUCUUCGGUGAAUGUGGCACUGUUGAAGAUGUCGAGAUUAUUAAGCAAAAGGAUGGGAGAAACAAGGGAUUCGCCUUCGUCACAAUGGCUUCUGGUGAAGAAGCAUCUGCUGCUGUUGAUAAAUUUGAUUCUUAUGAAUUGUCAGGAAGGGUUAUUAGGGUGGAAUUUGCAAAGAGAUUGAAGAAACCCUCUCCUCCUCCUCCUGCAGGUGCUCCUGAAAGAGAGACACGCUAUAGGAUUUAUGUCUCCAACCUUGCAUGGAAAGCAAGAUCUAGCCAUCUAAGAGAAUUUUUCGCUGCCUCUUCCAAACUGGUUUCAGCUAGGGUGGUAUUUGACAACCCAGCAGGUAGAUCUGCUGGCUAUGGGUUUGUCUCCUUUGCCACAAUGGAGGAUGCUGAGUCUGCUAUUUCUGAUUUAGAUGGAAAGGAAUUGUUGGGCCGGCCUAUUCGUUUGAAAUUGAGUAAAAAGAAUGAUGAUGAAUCUGGAGGGGAAUCAGAAGAGACGGGUGAUGAGGAAGAAGGGCAACUAGAAGAGAUGGACAAUAUCAGUGAAGGGAAACCAGAAACGCCGUAGAUGGAAAGAUUUGACCAUUGUUGUCUUGACCUGUUGGAUUCAUUAGUUUUUUUUUUUUUUUGGGGGGGGGGGGGGAUUGGCAGAUGGGGUUCUUUUUUAACUCUUGCCUUCAGCACAGAGAAGUGAAGAUGUAUAUUAUUUUUGUCAAGAUCUGCUGCCUGGGCUCUUCAGUGGGUAUUGUAGAGGAGCCAUCACUUUGAUGAAGUUAAUAGUAGUUGCAUUCAAGUUUUUAUGCA